UCAUAACAAAACAACAACAUCCGAUAUAGCACAAUUACAUUUCGAGUAUCAAAAACAUAAAUUUGUAAAACCGAGCCAUUUAUAAAAUCACAAUUCUGAAAAACGCAUUAAAACCACGAAAGCAGAAUAGUGAGUAGGUACAUAUUGAAAAAAGAUUAUAAGCGCGGGAAAUAUCCUUCUGUGUGAUCGGAUAUGGUUAUUUCUGCAAACAUUGGAGGAAAAUCAUUAUUUAUCUCCUUGUUUUCGUUUAGGUUAUUCCACAGAUGGGGCCCAGUAGGACUGAGGCCUGUUCCGGACCUGCGGACUACCUAGAGGGGUUUACCGGGAUCCCCGCCUGAAGGGCAGAUGUAGAAACGGGGUGGUCUGCGUCCGUUUCGGGCACGCGGCCACGCCGAUUUCUUAAAUAAAAAACUAUGCCAGUAAUAAUUUGCAAAAGCUGAUUCCCAAAAGCUUAAAUUUGUCAAAGCUAUUGGUAAAACCGAAGUGAAACAACACUUGCGUUAUGCGAGUGAGGUUACCGGAGGCCUAAUUCCCUCCUUCCCAAUCUUUCCAACUUUCCAAUUCGCCAACAACCCUUACAUUCCUAACCCCCAAAAGGCCGACAACGCACUUGUAACGCCUCUGGUGUUUCAAGUGUCCAUGAGCGGCGGCGAUUGCUUAACAUCAGGAGAUAUGUCAACUAGUUAGAUAGACAACUAGUCGGCGUGUUCCAUAAAAAUAAAAUGCGAGGACCGUCUAGAGGACAUGGUGGAGUAUACGGUCUGGAUGCGGUCGGCGACGGCAACCUCUUGCGUCCGGCAUUGGUUCAGGCCAUGGUGCGGAGCGAGGAGUACUGGGAUGCCGUCUCCUCCUUCUGCGAAGCAGUCAUGCUAGCUAAGGAGGAGGCGGGACGCGUGAGAGAACGAACCUCCGGGAGUCGGAGAUCACGUGACGAUCUCCGGCCACCGUAAGUGCGGGUCUGCGGACGACGAGCAAGGGUAGCUCGCCGCCCGAACAGAACAAUGGCAAUGCCUACAUGCGAUAUGACGAUGACGUUAAACGGAAUGCCGAUGCCAAAAAACCGAGUAAAAGUGGGAUCGGCAAUCCGAACGCUGCCGAUACAGUGGACGCAGUCAAUCUAUUCAAUCCGUCGGAUGCGUGCGAUGCGUACGAUGAUGCGGACCUGUGGAUGCUAAGCUUUAUGAAACAUCAAACAAAAUGUUGUCUUUUUACAAUAUGGCAAAUGACACAUAUUAUGAUCUCGAUAUGAAACAUACAAUGUAACCUUUUUAGCCCCUCGAGUGGAAUAAAGCAAAAAAUCGCAAAUUGCCAUUUCUAUUGACGACGUAAUACACUUAGCGCCACAGCCGCUCUCCGUCCAAUAUCGUGAAAAAAAAAUCCAAAGAGAAAUUGUCCUGCUGGACUGUCAUUAAAAUGAAAUUGCAUUUAGCGAGCUUUGCCUUUUGUUCUGUUUUAUUAUUGCCUAUUGAACAAUAUCGGCACAUAGUCCUAUGAAGCCAGUGAUACUUACUUGAAUGAAAGGCAGUACCUCAGAGCAGGACAAAAUUAUUUCUGUCAAACCUAAGGUUGCUAUAAACGGACCACUUAACUUUACGACCUCAAAUCGCGAAAACUAUAAGUGUUAAAAUUAAACCAUUUUAUUAUUUUGAUAAAGUAGGACCUUUAUUAAUAAUAAUCAAACGCAUUUUAUUAAUUCGGGCUUAUACUUUUCAAUAUAUAUGAAGAAAACAUAAUUUUGGACUGUUGCCUUCUUUGGACCAUGGGCACAUUUAAUGAACCGCCAGGUUGCCAUCAACGGACUUCGAGAUGUUUGCUCUAAAGGUCCAAUUAAGGGAACUAAUUAUAAUAAACAAUAUUCUAAAACUAUGACAUAGGUAGAGACAAACAAUACACAUACGUCAAUCAAAAACAUUUCAAUUAGUAAGUAAUUGAAUUUUACAUUGUUUCAUUCCUUUUUGUUGGCAGCAUUCUGGAAUCAUAAAUUAAUGUAUAAUAAUUUAUCUGUGGGUUAUUAACUAACUACAACCUGGGGUUACGCAAGGAUUGCAAAAAUAAAUAUCAUGUAUAACUUAAUAAUUUGUCUUCUUUACAUAAUUAGUCAAAUAAUCGGGAUCUAUUCCCAUUGUUAUGACCAGUAAAAUAUAAAAAAGUUGCUAUGAUUGAACCGGUCCAAUGGUGGAACUCUCUUAGGGUCCAAUGAUGGCAACAAGGAACUUAGUAUAAAAAAAAAUUAAUGGUAAUGAUAACUUCGUCUGAAGUUAAAUAAUACUCAAAGAAUCACUAUUAAAUUGGCUAACAUUUUCAACAUAGUACCAAAAUAAAUAAGAAUACUACAAUACUUACAUUCAAUUGUCCUGAGCGACAUAAUUAGAUUUUGACCGCCGCAAACACAACGACACACGUGGUUCCUCGCCAAGCGCCGCAGCGACCCCGAGGUAAAAGGGAGGUGCAACUGAGCCGUCGCGGACUCGUUCCGUUAAGUUUAGGUACUGCUAGCUUGCAUAGUUUUGGAAAUAGAGUGGUGGUCCAAUGAAAGACCUGGUCCAAUGAUCGCAACCUUCCCCUAGUACUUACCCUAAUGUUUUGCCGGUAAUGAAUUUAUAGUCCAGACUCUUCCUGCACAAUCUUUCAAUCCGGACUGAAUGGAGCCAACAAAACGGUGGAAGACAGUAGGUAGAGAGAGUAGUAAAAAUCCCAAGUUGAGCCAUUAGUUGGUUGAAGAAAUUAAAUAGUGCAUCUAUAGCUUCAGGGAACAGGUGAAAGAGGUUCGAUUUUACUGCUUGAAAGUCGAGGUUGGAAUGAUUGGAAAUGAGGGAAUUAGCUAAACCCGCUGCCAAAACAAAGAUAACACCACGGCUGACUACCGUAGAGUACCUGUGCCCCAUGUGAAAAAGAAAAUCAUAGACGAAACCAUCCGAGAGUACUAAAACGUUUCUCCCUGAUAUUAAUGAGCAUAUCUUUUGGUUGGGUGAGACCUGCCCAUUUAGGCGUUGACUGGACAUGGAAGGAUCGCUGAGUACCUGCGUCGGUUUAAACUAAAAGAAACUGGAGGUUGCGAUGCGAGAAUGCGAUUCAAAUAUCAGUGAUUACCAUAACCACUUUUAUUUUUUUUUUCGCUUUCAACCGGUCUAUCUGGAAGUUAUUGGAGGCCUACGAAUUUGUUGAUGAUGAUGAUGAAAUGGUUUUUUAUAGGUACCUACUGUACUGUAUACAAUGCAACUUAAUGAAAUUCAUACCUAACCACUGAAAAUAUUUAUAAAGAUACAUAAAAACAUCGCUAGUAACUUCGUUUAUUUGCUCCCGAGUCUAUUUGGGUGAUUUUGAUUAUCAAUAAAGGUAAUGCAUUUGUCCGUCGCGCUCGGUUGCCAGCACUGCAAGUGCACGAACGGGUUUUCAUUUUAUCAUGUGCCUGUAAUAUAUAUUUAUACAUUUACACUUCAUUUUUAUUUUAUAUAGUAUAAUUUUCUUAUUAACAUAUUAUAAAUGUAUGUAUAAUACCACUUAACCCGUAGGUGCAGUUGAAAACCAGUGUCAGACACUACCUUGCUGUCUUCUUCUUUUUAUUGUAGACGUGUUCGCAACGUAUUUUUGCAGAUGUGCGAUUGGUGUGACGUCGAGUGGAUUAGUAAUUAAUUUAAUAUAACUUUACAUUCGUAGGUACUUCUUUUUUGUCAACGCACAUUCCACAUGCUUUGUCUAGAAAUAAAAAAAGCAACAAAGUGUGCUGGUUAGCUACUGUUCGUAAUGUACUUAUCAGUCCAUUGUUUAAAAUAAUCGUCUACAGGUGCAGAAAGACAAAAAAUCUACAAUUUCAAGUCAAUCGCGCAAAUGUAACGCUCUUCAAUGGACCUGCUGCUAAUAGUUCUGCUAGCCAUCGUCACAGAUGCAAAAAUGAUCUGUAAGAAAACGAAAGUUCCAUUGGAACUGGGUAAAUGGAGGUACGACCUCAAACACAUGGACUCCGCCGUUGUAGAAAACCCACCAGUGUCAAUAAGCGAAGGCCAAAUGUACGUGUAUGAAAAUUAUUUUCCUAAUUACACGAUCAAGUAUAUCCACGUGGACAACUUGGCGAUACGAUCCUGUGGAGCCAGUGCAGUGAUGAAGACUGGCGGCAUCGGCUCCUCCUACGUGCUCAUAGUGCUGCACGCGCACAUCAACGAAGAGAUAAGGUCUGUAGUCGACAUCUGGGGAGAACGAAAAGGAGGGAAGGAGGGGAACGUGGACAAGUUGCCGAGAAGCGAAACUAAACCUGGCGAAUUGAAAACUAAUCAAUCGUUACAUCUAUUUAAGCAUUUACGAGCAGUUAAUCAUAACAGUGCGUAUUAACAUUUUUAUACCAAUGUCCAAUUUCUAUUAAAUACUCUUUAAAAUA